UCUCUUUUUCAAAUUUUUAUUUUUGUUCAGCUUCUUUCGCAGAAGCUCCAUUUUGUCAAACAGUUGCCACACGAGCUACCCUGUAGCGUACUUGGCACGAAAAUUUGGCAUAUGCAGAGCCAAAUUUCGGCAGCCAUUACAAAGCUGCAAAAAUGGGAGCUUGAGUUUUUUUCUUCUGGGUUUUAAACCCAAUCUGUACAAAAAGAAUUAACAAACGAAUUCAUUCUUGGUUUAACCCUAGCGUGUACGAGAAAAUUAGGGUUGCGAGCAUGGAAUCUCCUGGAAAUGGUGAAUUCGUGAUCGGAUGGCGGCUGUCCAUUAAAACAACGCUGGGCGAAGAUAUAGAAGGCCAAGUUAUCACUUACGACAGAGGUUCCAAUAUUGUUGUUCUUCAAGAAUCAGGAGGAAGUGGGCCUCGUCGUAACUUCCGUUUUUUGAAAGCAAAUUACAUCAAGGAGUUCAAUUUGUUGAGUCAAGAAGAGGAUCCACUUGAUCUGACAAAUGCUUAUAUUGAUGUCAACAAUAUUCAUGCUCGAGAGGAAGCUGCAACAAGGCAAGCAGAAGCUGAAGCAGAGCGAAUUGGCAUAGGAGUAACUCCUGAAGCACAGAACAUUUUUGAUGCUUUGUCAAAAACGCUUCCUGUUCAGUGGGAGAAAACAACAAUUGUUGUAAUGGAUGAAGUGCGUGUAAGCAGUCCAUACCUUCCAGAUAAUGUAAAAGGAGGUGCUCCGGCUGCCAAUGAUAGAGUGAAGAAAGUGCUUGAGCUGGAAAGGAAGCGCUUGCAGGCCCGUAUUUCUACCCAGUAGUAGCACUAGCAUUUGGUAACGAAGAUUGCCUGACAUCUGGAGACAAAUAACUCUUUCAAUAUUUGGACUAAUUGAUUGAGAGAAAACUUUACCAGUUUUCUGUUUUAUCUACUUGUUCUCCUCAUAAUGAUGCAAGUUGUACUGAAAAAUUUAUAUUUUAUUUGCCAAAUGAUCAUGGGCACCUACUGGAGAAUUCGGCACUGUUGAGUAGCUGCCUGAAUUAUACUAACUGUAAUAUGUAAAUUGACCUCCAUUCUAAGGUUCCGAAACCCAAUUUUACUGUUUUAUUUAACAGCAAUUUUUUUUUUGAGGCUAACAUGGGUGUAUGGAUAUAUUUGUUAACAAGCAGCUACUCCUUAACAUCUUAUGUUAAAUAAUUGCUGAGUUCAUUUCUA